AUGGGCGGCAAGCCACUGGCCGCCGCGACGGCGCUCAACCCCUUCACCCAGCUGCCCCCCGAGCUCAGCUUCCACAUCAUCUCCUUCCUCUCCUACAAAGACGCCCUCCGCCUCGCACAGACGAGCAAGGCGGGAUAUGAGUACGGGAACGAUGACAUGGUCUGGAAGAACCUCAUCCAGACGGAGCUGGGCAUCAGCUUCCUGGAUGGCUGCGAGCUGGUCUUCGACGAGCACAUGCAGAGACGCCAAGCCGGCCCCCAAGACCAGAACAGAAAGAAGAGCAAGGCCAUCGCCAACAACAACGACGAUGACGGCGACAUGAUGGAUAUCGACAACCCGCGGCCCGAGGGCAAGACGUGGAAGGAGCGCUUCCAGCACCUCCUCGCCAUGCGCGGCGACCUCGCCCCCGUUCAAUUCAGAAGUCUGACCCCAUCUCUGCUCUACUCUUUGCAGUCGAUGAGGUCCAUCCGACUUCCCGCCCUGGUCGACGCCUCUGAGCCUCAGAGGAGCCCGUGCGGCGGCGGCGACUGCGGCGGCAUGUGCGGCGCCGCCCCGUCGACCCUCGGCUGCAAGCACUACAGGCGCGAUUGCAAGCUACUCGCGGCCUGCUGCGGCCGCUUCUUCGUGUGCCGCCACUGUCACGAUGAGCAGGUCCACGACCACCGCAUCGACCGAUACGCCACCCAGCUUGUGCUGUGCAUGGCAUGCAACGCCAUCCAACCGGCCGGCCAGCACUGCACGUCGCCACAGUGUCAGAACAGAUCGUUGGGAAGUUACUUCUGCGGUGUGUGCAAGUUCUACGAUAACGACCCGGACAAGGCCAUCUUCCACUGCGAGUUCUGCCAGCGAGUCGUUCCACUGCCACGCAUGCGGGCGGUGUUCUCCAAGGCCGUAAUGGCCACCCACCCGUGCCUCAACAAGCGCCAGCAGACCGUCAACGACGAGCGAUGA